UUGCGGGAAAACCAAACUCAAUCGAGGAGAGAAGCAAACUACAGAAGAUGGUCAGAAACUAAUGAAAUCUCCCAUUACUUAGUUACAUUUGUGCUGCACAUGAGAAAAUGAACACCAUGAAAUCCCCGAAGGCUGAAGAUGUCAGACAGGGGAUCUCUGUCAUCUGGGAGAUCUUGCAGUGUCCAAUAUGUUUGGACUUGAUGACCACACCUGUGUCAACAAAAUGUGACCACCAGUUUUGCAAGUUUUGUAUGAUGAAGCUUUUGGACAGCAGUAGGAGAAAGGAGGCCAACUGUCCAGUUUGUAAGACAAAGAUCACAAAAAGGAGUUUGCAGGAGAGCCCUGGGUUCCAGAGAUUGGCCGAGGGAUUGCAGAAUAUGGUCCAGGCCUAUGAACAUGACACCUGCACAAACUACUUCACUGGAAUGUCCCAGGUGAGGAGACAUAUGAGUGUCACAGAGACUGUGCAAAAGAAAAACGGCCAUGAUGUCUCAUCUGAUGAAGUGUGGGCUACUGACCAUGCCGAUGACGAGGAUCAAGGGCCUCAUCAGUUUCCAAUGUCCUGCUCAUCAACUAUAGCAGCCAAGGAUGGCUUUGCAAAGCUCAUGGGUCUUGAAGAUUCUUGCCCUGUCAUUUCGGACGAGGGGUUUGACAGCGGCCUAGGUGACAUACCUCCAGCCUCUGAAAAGGAAACCGACGACUCUAAAGCCACCUCCACCACAGAUAAACAGAAGCCAGCAUUAGAGACAGAAAUACCUGAGGUUGUUGAAAGAGCUCCUUCACGACCUCAAAAGCUUGGGAAAAAGAUAACCACUCAUCCUCAAGAUCCACCAUGCCAUCCUGAAAAGGUCGAAAACCAACUUGUCAGACGAUCUUCGAGGAAUAACAAAAGAGAGUCCUUGACCAAAAUGAUUGACCAGAAUCAGAAGAAAAGUCUAGAAAAAGUAUCUGAGUGGCUCAUGAAGAAUUCCUCAACAGAAGAAAAUUCUGAGAAGGAGAAAAACACAGAGGGCUCUUAUGACUCGGAUGACUCCGUUUCUCUGGCAGGAAGUUGUUCCCCCUCCUCACCCUUAGAGGAUAACCUCAGAAAUAAGGACGAGAUUCCAAAGAGAGAAGGACAUGGCAAAUGUCUUGAGGCGCUGGUAUUUGGGGCUGUUUACAAACGAGAUCGAAGAGGGAACCGCAGUUAUUCACCACAAAACAAAGCGAUCACAGACCCUCCACCACCCUGUCCAGCUGAGGAACUCCAGAUCCUGAAGAAGAUUGCCAAAAGGAGGAUGAGCAGUAAACUGACACCUGCUGACUUUGUCAAGAGACCAAGAUCUGAGGAGAAUGAAAACAGUCUCAUGGAUGACCAACGAGAGAUGACAGAACCACAAGAGGAUUCUCCCAAUGAACACCCAAAAGAUACUGAAGAAAAGAUGAUUGACCUGACUGAGGAGCUGAAUUCUAAUAGCUCUGACAAGCAAGGAGAAGAGCUUGAUGAGUUGCCAGAAGGUGACAACAAAGAUAAUGAAGAUGUUGAGGACAGUCCUGUGUUCGAUGUGCCACUACGGAAACCUGGGAGGAAAUCGAAUAAAAAGAUGCACGGUAGGUGGCAGGACGUCGACGGGGAUUUGCAAGCGCAAGGGAAAGUAAAGUCAGAGAAUAACAAGCAAAAAAAGCCUGGCAAGAAAAAAGGGGAAAACAUCCAGGCGGAGAAGAGCAAGGCAGCCAAAUCCUUAGUCCUUGUGGGUGUCGGAGAGGGUGGAAGUGACCCUAAGAUACCUAAGAGCAGACCAACGUCAGGCCAGAUUGAGGUUCAGAUUGAGAGUUACCCUAGCAGUGAGGACCCAGGAAGCCCGAUCAUGAGGAGAACCAGGAGGAGUCGGAGGCUUCAGCUCUUCACAGAGGAAGUACAAGGGAGUAACAAGAAGAUCGGCACUGCAAGAUCCACAAAGGUUGUCAUUAUUGAUUCAGACUGCAAUGAGAUGCAGCAAUCAGAGGAGGCGAAAGCUGACACUGACGUGGAUAAUGUGGCUUGUUUGCAGAACCAAAAUACAGAAAAGUCUGUAAAGAAAAACGGAUGUGUUUUAAAUGAAGAGAUGGGAGGUAUUGAGAACUUGGAGUCUAGCGAGAAAAGAUCCAGUGAAAUGAUUGAGGCACAGAAAGUGAACCCGGUUGAGGAGUCUAUUGUUGAAGUCCCAACUACAGGAAGUCCUUGUCACGCUGAUAUUGCUUGUUCAGUGGCUAUGUUACAAAGUUCAAUUAGUACCCCUGAGGCAAGUGUCUCAUGCUCUGUGCCUGAGAGUGUAAACCAAAGUAAUCCGGUUAUCAAACCAUUAGAUGACUUGAGAUCAAAUGUACCACAGGAGACGUCAGCCAGCCAGGCCAAAUGCAUUGAUAUGGAGGAGGAUGACCGGAAUGACAGUGAGCUGGACACUGAGCAACUGCUGAAGAGCUUCAAAGCCACCAAAAGGAAAUCCUUCCACCUUGGUAGUCCAAAUAUCAAGAGGAGUUCCUUCUGGUCCAACAAGGAAAAUACAACUCUUACAAAUACUCAAGAGAACAAACAUGUCGGCACAGAUAUGGAAGCAGAAAAUGGGCAGGGAUUUCCAAGGACAAUGGAGUGUCCCACGGUCCAGCAGGAAUCUGGGAAAAGGACAGUAUUAGAAAAUUCUUGCUGUAGUGAUUUGAGCCCACCUUCAAGUUCCCCCAACCAUAUUUCACGAGAAGAAGCGCAGAGAAAUCGUAAAAGGCUCAGAAAGUCAGUUCUUACCAGACCACCUCAGGAAGUAGUGGAGUCUUCAAACCCUGAUGCCAAUGGGAAGACCCAGAAACAGAUUCUGGCCAGGCUUUCUGGCAACAGCUCAAGAAGUGCCCUCAGUCCCAACAACAAAGUCGCAAAAAGUCAAAUGGAAUCUCCCCACCAAGCUGUGGGUUCUGGUCUGCUCUUUCCAGCUUUUGGCACCUCUGAGGAAGAUCUACCAGAUCCGACGCCUGUAGCUUCAAAGAGUCAGCAGCCAUACGAAGUGGAGGGCAGCAUUAGGAAAAGUCCAACAGAACUGGAGAGUAGCCACAGUGUUGGACCAGAGACUGUAGUGGAGCCAAACAAAAUGUGGCCAGAGAACAUGACUGGAAACAUGGCCAAUACAGAGUCCUCCUUGACUCCAGAGGACCUCCUUCCUCUAAUUGUCCAAUCAGUAGUUAUCCAAGAGGCAGAGAGGAGUAAAGGAAGUGGCGAGGUCAGCACACACUCUCCCAUCAAGAGCAGCCUAAAGCAGAGGAAGAGGAGGAAGGCUCAGAGACUGGAGUCUUCCUCGGAGUCCGACUGCAGUGGGGAGGAAGAGGAACUGCCUUCCCUUGCGCAAAUUUUCAGACCUUUGGCUUGUCCACCAACAGCUGUGGAGGAGGAGGAGGAAUCGGUCACAUUGCUCGAAGACCAUGCCAGGGAACAAGGAAGCUACAGGGAGGCUGGUGAUGGUACCUGUGCUGCAGCUGAAGAUGGGCAGCGAGAGGGCAGUCCUCCCCUGUGCCCCAGUCCCGAAUGGAUCACCACCAGCCAGGCAUCUGUGGACCUGUUUGGCACACCAGAAGAAGCUGAAGGUAUGGCAGGUGACACUGGCCUGACACAGGAAUCAUCACAAUUUUCAAGCGAAUUUAUUGCCACUCAGCAAAAGGUUGCGAUGCAGGAGGAGCUGCGGAGGCUGGAGAGAAUGAUGGUGCUGGUGUCUGAAGCGCUCCAGGAAAAGGAGGGGCCCACUGGGGCCAAAGUCAACCCCGGGGCCCCAUAUCUCCCAGCGCUGCCUCACCCAGACAGGUCCACAGUUUCCUCAGGCCUCGAUCUCCAGACGACCCUGCCGUGUGGCCAGGGCACCAGGGAGAGAGCUGCCAGCAGGGAAGGUGCCCAAAACAUUGGGGAAAAUGCCGCCUCACCGCCCCCUGUUCUUGGAGACUGUGAGGUCCUUGGGCCCACCCCCACCACGCCCUGCCGCACCAAGCAUGAGGGGCCUGGAGGGACUGGGG